UGCAAUGACGACGUGAGAUAUGAAUAACUCCGGAUCAAAGUUAGUGUUUAUCUUGUCUCUGUUGGCUGUUUUGUCGUCUGCUGCGGCGUUUAACGUGGACAUUUCUUCAAAUCACAUUGAUAUCAUUUCGUCGCCUGAUGUAAACACAAAACUUUUAACAGUUCCACUAAGUAGUAAUAUUUCCGAUACAACUUCGUAUUUUGGAUAUACUGUUGGAAUUAACAUGGUCGACAUAAAUAAUAUAACAAAGGCAAGAUUGCUCGUAGGAUCACCACUGCACAGAGCAACAAAUCGAUCUUCAGUUCAUCCGCACAUUGAAAAAAAGCCGGAAGGAGGAAUUUAUGAAUGCCAAAUUGAAAACAUUUUCAUAAUUGAAAAAAAUGAUUCCGAAAUAUCUUCACUCUGCGUGCCAAUUCAUCCAGAAAAACGACUCCCCGGCGAUGUAUUUGGAAAAAGUGUUUCUUCAAAUCCUGAUGGAGAUAUGACGGCUUGCUCUGCAACGAGAGGAAAGACUGCUCUUCUGCAAUUCAUUUACCGGGGUUUUGUUAUAGAAGUUCUGAUUUUGGAAAGACGUGGAAUAUGGAUAAACGGUCAAGAAAUGCAGCUUGCGGUGUGGAAACAGUCGACGUCAUGUUCGUUCUUGAUGGUUCGGCUUCAGUAGUCGGUCACUUUCAAAAGAUUAAAGAUUUUGCAACGAAUAUCACGGCCUUGCUUGACAUAGAAAAGGGCACAAUACACGUUGGAGUCAUUCAGUAUUCAACGUAUAUAUGGAAAAGACCCCAGCAUCGAAAAAAUUACAUCAAAACCGAAUUAAAACUAGGAGAGUUUCAAAAUUUGGAAGAUUUUCAAGAAGCCAUGUCGCAUGUAAAUAUUAGCAUGGGUAGCACAAUGACAGGUGCUGCAUUAAAAAAAGUCGUUGACGAUUUCACACAAUCUGAAAGAUAUAACUCUUCGACCAAUAAACAAGUUAUGAUACUUCUUACCGACGGGCGUUCAAUAUAUUCGAAACGAGUAACAAUUUAUGCUCAACAACUUCGUGACUUUGGAGUUGUUCCUUAUGCGAUUGGAGUUGGACAGGAAACUGAUGACAAUGAACUAAGAGUGAUUGCCACGGGAACAGAUACUGAUGUCAGAGUAUAUAAAGUUGAAAAUUUUGAAGGACUGAAUGAUAUUGUUGAUGAUUUUCAAAGUGAAAUCUUGAGCUCUCAGUUAGAAUUUGGCGAGACAAGAUUUUCGUCGCAUUAUGGAGCUAUAGUGAAAGAUGAAAACAAUACCACAGAACAACAGCUUCUACACACGAUGCGUGAUUUCUUUAUUGCUGGAACCGAAACUUCGUCAAGGUCUGGAGUUCCUUCGAUGAGUCACAAGGAAGCAAUGACAUAUACGUGUGCGUUCAUCCAUGAAACAACCAGAUUAAGAACGUUGGUACCUUUAGCAAUUCCGCACGUUACGACAGAAAAUGUGAAAUUCAAAGGAUACAGAAUACCAAAAGGAACACCAGUACUGCCGAACUUAUAUGCCGCAAAUCACGACCCAAACGUCUUUGAGCAUCCGAACGAAUUCAAGUCUGAAAGAUUCAUUGAUGACACUGGGAAAUUUGUUCCGAGUAAUCAAGUGGUUCCGUUCUCUGUUGGUCCAAGAUAUUGUCUUGGCGAACAACUUGCAAAAAUGGAACUCUUUCUUUUCCUAACCAACAUAAUACAAAGAUUUGAAAUCGUACCUGAUCCUGAAAAACCUCUGCCCAGUUUUCGUGACAGUGUUACCGGAAUGGCCGAUGUCGCCUUACCAUACGACAGUGGCGUGAUCCAUUCCAUUCUUGACCAAAUAAUGUUUCAAAAAUGUGACCAUUAUACUCGACUAUGGAUUGCGUCAUCAUCGGAGUAG